AUUUUGGCCAAUUUAGAGAUUUUCGCUUUCCAAAAUCCUGAGUUCAAGAUCUUGGCUGAUUUCAAGAUUUUAGCAUUCCAAAAUCCUGAAUUCAAGACUUUGGCCGAUUUCAAAAUUUUACCUUUCCAAAAUCAUGAAUUCAAGAUUUUGGUCGAUUGGGAGAUUUUAGCUAUCCAUAAUCCUGAAUUCAACAUUUUGGCCGAUUUCAAAAUUUUAGCUUUCCAAAAUCAUGAAUUCAAGAUUUUGGCCUUUUUCAAGAUUUUCGCUUUCCAAAAUCCUGUAUUCACGAUCUUGGCUGAUUUCAAGAUUUUAGCUUUCCAAAAUCCUGAAUUCGAGAUCUUGGCUGAUUUCAAGAUUUUAGCUUUCCAAAAUCCUUAAUUGAAGAUCUUGGCUGAUUUCAAGAUUUUAGCUUUCCAAACUCCUGAAUUCAAGAUCUUAGCUGAUUUCAAGAUUUUAGCUUUCCAAAAUCCUUAAUUCAAGAUCUUGGCUGAUUUCAAGAUUUUAGCUUUAAAAAAUCCUGAAUUCAAGAUCUUAGCUCAUUUCACGAUCUUAGGUGUCCAACCUCCUGAAUUCAAGAUCUUGGCCGAUUUGCAAAUUUUAGCUUUCCAAGAUCCUGAAUUCAAGAUUUUUGCCAAUUUUAAGAUUUUCGCUUUCCAAAAUCCUGAGUUCAAGAUCUUGGCUGAUUUCAAGAUUUUAGCUUUCCAAAAUCCUCAAUUGAACAUUUUGGCCAAUUUAAAGAUUUUAGCUUUCCAAAAUCCUAAAUUCAAGAUUUUGGCCGAUUUUAAGAUUUUAGGUUUCCAAAAUCCUGAAUUCAAGAUUUUGGUCGAUUUCAAGAUUUUAUCUUUCCAAAAUCCUGAAUUCAACAUUUUGGCCGAUUUCAUGAUUUUAGCUUUCCAAGAUACUAACUUCAAGUUUUUGGCCGAUUUUAAGAUUUUAGCUUUCCAUAAUCCUGAAUUCAAGAUUUUGGCCGAUUUCAAGAUUUUAGCUUUCGAAAAUCCUGAAUUCAAGAUCUUCGCAGAUUUGAUAAUUUUACUUUUCCAGAAUCCUGAAUUCAGGAUUUUGGGCGAUAUCAAGAUUUUAGCUUUUCAAAAUUCUGAAUUCAACAUUUUGGCCUAUUUCAUGAUUUUAGCUUUCCAAGAUACUAAGUUCAAGAUUUUGCCCGAUUUUAAGAUUUUAGCUUUCCAUAAUCCUGAAUUCAAGGUCUUGGCUGAUUUUAAGAUUUUAGCUAUCCAAAAUCCUGAAUUCAAGAGGUUGGCUGAUUUCAAGAUUUUGGCCGAUUUCUAGAUUUUAGCCUUCCAAAAUCCUGAAUUCAAGAUUUUGGUCGAUUUCAAGAUUUUAGCUGACCAAAAUCCUGAAUUGAAGAUUUUGUCCAAUUUCAAGCUUUUACCUUUCCAACAUCCUAAUUUCAAGAUCUUUGCUGAUCUUAAGAUUUUAGCUUUCAAAGGUCCUAAAUAUAAGAUUUUGGCCGAUUGAAAGAUUUUAGCUUUGCAAAAUCCUGAAUUCAAGAUUUUAGCCGAUUUCAAGAUUUUUUCUUUCCAAAAUCCUGAAUACAAGAUUUUGGCCGAUUUUAGGAUUUCAGCUUUGCUAUGUCCUGAAUUCAAGAUCUUUGCUGAUUUCAAGAUUUUAGCUUUCCAAAAUCCUGAAUUCAAGAUUUUGGCCAAUUUCGAGAUUUUAGCUGUCCAAAAUCCUGAAUUCACGAUUUUGGCCGAUUUGAAAAUUUUAGCCUUUCUAAUUCCUGAAAUCAAGAUUUUGCUCGAUUUGAAGAUUUUAACGUUGCACAAUCCUGAAUUCAAGAUUUUGGCCGAUUUUAAGUUUUUAGCUUUCCAAGAUCCUGAAUGUAAGAUUUUGGCCGAUUUUAAGUUUUUAGCUUUCCAAGAUGCUGAAUGUAACAUUUUGGCCGAUUUUAAGAUUUUAGCUUUCCAAAAUACUGAAUUCAAGAUUUUGUUCUAUUUCAAGAUUUCAGCGUUCGAAAAUCCUGAAUUCAAGAUCUUGGCCUAUUUCAAGAUUUUAGUUUUCCAGAAUCCUGAAUUCAAGAUUUUGGGCGAUAUGAAGAUUUUAGCUUUCCAAAAUCGUGAUUUCAAGAUUUUGUCCAAUUUCAAGAUUUUAGCUUUCCAAGAUCCUUCAUUCAAGAUUUUUGCCCAUUUUAAGAUUUUAGCUUUCCAAAAUCCUGAGUUCAACAUCUUGGCCGUUUUCAUGAUUUUAGCUUUCCUAAAUCCCGAAAGCAAGAUUUUGGCCGAUUUCAAGAUUUUAGCUUUUGAAGAUCCUGAAUGUAAGAUUUUAGCCGAUUUCAAGAUAUUAGCUUUCCAAAAUCUUGAAUUCAAGAUCUUGGCUGAUUUCAAGAUUUUACCUUUCCAAAAUACUGAAUUGAAGAUCUCGGCUGAUUUCAAAAUUUUGCUUUCCAAAAUCCUGAAUUCAAGAUUUUGGCCGAUCUCAAGAUUUUAGCUUUCCAAAAUCCUGAAUUCAAGAUCUCCGCCGAUUUGAAAAUCUUAGCUUUCCAAGAUCCUGAAGUCAAGAUUUUGGGCGAUUUCAAGAUCUUAGGUGUCCAAAAUCCUGAAUUCACCGUCUUGGCCGAUUUCAAGAUUUUAGCCUUCCUAAAUCCUGAAUUCAAGAUUUUCGCCGAUUGCAAGAUUAUAGCCUUCCUAAAUCCUGAAUUCAGGUUCUCAGCUGAUUUCAAGAUUUUAGCUUUCCAAAAUCCUGAAUUCAAGAAAUUGCCUAAACUCAAGAUUUUAGCUUUCCAAAAUCCUGAAUUCAAAAUGUUGGGUGAUUUCAAGAUUUCAGCUUUCCAAAAUCCUCAAUUCAAGAUCUUGGCUGAUUUCAAGAUUUUAGCUUUCCAAAAUCCUGAAUUGAAGAUCUUGGCUGAUUUCAAAAUUUUAGCUUUCCAAAAUCCUGAAUUCAACAAUUUGGCCGAUUUCAAGAUUUUAGCUUUCCAAAAUCCUGAAUUGAAGAUCUUGGCUGAUUUCAAGAUUUUAGCCGCUUUCCAAAAUCCUAAAUUUACGAUUUUGGUCGAUUUCAAGAUUUUAGCUGGCCAAAAUUCCCAAUUCAAGAAUUUUGCUGGUUUCAAGAUCUUAGCUUUCCAAAAUCCUGAAUUCAACAUUUUGGCCGAGUUCAUGAUUUUAGCUUUCCAAGAUCCUAAAUUCAAGAUUUUGGCCGAUGUCAAGAUUUUAGCUUUCCAAAAUCCUGAAUUCAAGAUUUUUGUCGAUUUCAAGAUUUUAGCUGUCCAAAAUCCUGAAUUCAAGAUUUUGGCCGAUUACAAGAUCUUAGCGUUCGAAAAUCCUGAAUUCAAGAUCUUGGCUGAUUUCAAGAUUUUAGGUUUCUAAAAUAAUGAAUUCACGAUCUUGGCUAAUUUCAAGAUUUUAGCUUUCCAAAAUCCUGAAUUCACGAUCUUGGCUGAUUUCAAGAUUUUAGCUUUCCAAAAUUCUAAAUUCAAGAUCUUUCCUGAUUUCAAGAUUUUAGCUGUAAAAUAUCCUGAAUUCAAGAUCUUGGCUGAUUUCAAGAUUUUAGCUUUCCAAAAUUCUGAAUUCAAGAUAUUGGCCGAUUUCGAGAUGUUAGCUUUCCAAAAUCAUGUAAGCAAGAUUCAGGAUUUUGGAAAGCCUGAUUUCAUGAUUUUAACUUUCCAAAAUGCUGAAUUCAAGAUUUUGGGCGAUUUCAAGAUUUUAGGUGUCCAAAAUCCUAAAUUCACCGUUUUGGCCGAUUUCAAGACUUUAGCCUUUCCAAAAUCCUAAAGUCAAGAUUUUGGCCGAUUUCAAUAUUUUAGAUUUAUAAAAUCCUGACUUCAAGAUUUUGGCUGAGUUCAUGAUUUUAGCUAUCCAAGAUCCUGAAUUCAAUAUUUUGGCCGAUUUGAAAAUUUUAGCUUUCAGAAAUCCUGAAUUCAAGAUUUUGUCCAAAUUCAAGAUUUUACGUGUCCAACAUCCUGAAUUGAAGAUCUUGGCCGAUUUAAAAAAUUUUAGCUUUCUAAGAUCCUGAAUUCAAGAUUUUGGCCGAUUUCAAGAUUUAAGCUUUCCAAAAUCCUGAAUUCAAGAUUUUGGUCGAUUUCAAGAUUUUAGCUCUGCAAGAUCCCCAAUUCAAGAUUUUGGCCGAUUACAAGAUUUUAGCUUUCCAAAAUCCUGAAUUGAAGAUCUCAGCUGAUUUCAAAAUUUUGCUUUCCAAAAUCCUGAAUUCAAGAUUUUGGCCGAUUUAAAGAUUUUAGCUUUCCAAAAUCCUGAAUUCAAAAUCCUGGCUGAUUUCAAGAUUUUAGCUGUUCAACUUCCUGAAUUCAAGAUCUCGGCCGAUUUGAAAAUUUUAGCUUUCCAAGAUCCUGAAGUCAAGAUUUUGGCCGAUUUUAAGAUUUUAGCUGUCCAAAAUCCUCAGUUCAAGAUUUUGGCCGAUUACAAGAUUAUAGGUUUCCAAAAUCCUGAUUUCAAGAUUUUGGCCGAUUGCAAGAUUUUAGCCUUCCGAAAUCCUGAAUUCAGGUUCUCAGCUGAUUUCAAGAUUUUAGAUUUCCAAAAUCCUGAAUUCAAGAAACUGCCCUAUUUCAAGAUUUUAGCUUUCCAAAAUCCUCAAUUCAAGAUCUCGGCUGAUUUCAAGAUUUUAGCUUUCCAAAAUCUUGAAUUCAAGAUCUUUGCUGAUUUCAAGAUUUUAGCUUUGCAAAAUCCUGAAUUCAAGAUCUUGGCUGAUUUCAAGAUUUUAGCUUUCCAAAAUCCUGAAUUCAAGAUUUUGGAGGAUUUGAAGAUUUUAGCUGUCCAACAUCCUGAAUUCAAGAUCUUGGCCUAUUUAAAAAAUUUUAGCUUUCCCAGAUCCUGAAUUCAAGAUUUUGGACGAUUUCAAGAUUUUAGGUUUCCUAAGUCCUGAAAGCAAGAUCUUGGCUGAUUUCAGGAUUUUAGCUUUCCAAAAUCCUGAAUUUAAGAUUUUGACCGAUUUCAAGAUUUUAGCUUUCCAAAAUCCUGAAUUCAAGAUCUUGGCUGAUUUCAAGAUUUUAGCUUUCCAAAAUCCUGAAUUCAAGAUCUUGGCUGAUUUCAAGAUUUUAGCUUUCCAAAAUCCUCAAUUGAACAUUUUGGCCGAUUUCAAGAUUUUAGCUUUGGAAAAUCCUGAAUGCAAGAUCUUGGCUGAUUUCAAGAUUUUAGCUUUCCAUAAUCCUAAAUUCGAGAUGUUCGCUGAUUUCAAG